CCUGGGGCCUUGGAGAUGCUACGUCUUCUCGUCAAAUCCCCAUCUAGCUCUGAUCAGUGCCUGCGGUGCUCUCUUUGACAAACACAACUUCUUUGGCACCCUGGGCCAGGAAGCCGCUGCUUCCCUGCCACGUGCCUGUGAAGGACACCGUUGUGUCUGCAAUGAUGCUUCCAGCUGGUCGCGAAGAUGCUGAGCUGCCCAGGUUAACCCAGGAGGAAGCUCUCCCACAGAGGAGAGUGGUCCACAGCAAGGAGGAGCCAGGACUGCCGCUCUGCAGAAAGGUUUGCUAUGCUAUUGGGGGCAUUCCCUACCAGAUGACAGGCAACGCCCUUGGAUUUUUCUUCCAAAUCUUCCUUCUGGAUGUCGUGCAGCUGGAGCCAUUCCAUGCCUCUUUGAUCCUUUUCCUUGGAAGAGCCUGGGAUGCGGUUACUGACCCUGCUAUCGGCUUCCUAGUCAGUAAGAGCCCAAGGAGAAAAUGUGGCAAGAUGAUCCCGUGGAUUGCAUGCUCCAUGCCAUUUGGGGUGCUCUUCUACUGUAUGAUGUGGUCCAUUGUCCCAGAUGCCACCCCCGUCUCUCUGAAGUUCCUGUGGUACCUGUUCAUGUACAGCUUCUUCCAGACUUGCAUGACUUGCUACCAUGUGCCGUACUCUUCCCUGACAAUGUUCCUGGGAGGAACCCAGAGAGAUCGUGAUUUAGCCACUGCCUACAGAAUGGGGGUGGAGGUGUUCAGCACACUCCUUGGAUCAGGAAUUCAGGGGCAGAUUGUGGGCAGUUACCAUGCCCGCAUGAUGAACAGCUGUUAUGUGUUGAAUGGGACCCUGCCCAACACGAGCUCCUCCAGCCUCACGGACUCGCUAGAGAACACGCGUAGGGCCUAUGCAUUUUCAUCCCUGGUCCUAGGCUCAAUCUAUUGCCUGUCCUGUCUGAUUCUCAUCUUUGGAGUAAAGGAACAGCCUGGGCCCCUCAGCCCCCUGGGGAAGGUUGGACUGCCCUUCAGUAGCUGCCUGAGAACGAUCCUGGAACACAAGCCCUACACCCAGCUGCUGUGUGGCUUCCUCUUUGCGUCCCUGGCCUUCCAGGUGCGAGACCUGUCUCAGCAGGAGGAGAGCUUGGGAGAUGAGAUGCUCCAGGCAGGUUCUCCAGUGACAGACAGUGAACUCAGGACCCCAGCCAUGAAUGUCUCCGUGUCCCCUUCCCAGGUUGCACAGGGGAUCUUUGCCGUCUUUUGUACUCAUGCUGCAGGUCUGGCCGGGAAGUUCCAGCAUUUGGUGCUUGUCAUGUUGGUAAGUGAGCCCAAGAGAGACUUUCUGGCCCUGCUGUUCCUGCUUGCCUCGGCAGAUCCCUGGGUUACCCCAGCCCUCCAGGAUGGUGGCAGCUCAGCCACGUUUGGAUCUCGUGGAGUCAGCGCUGCUGCUUCUUCCCGUCAGCAGGGAUGUCGCCCAGGCAGAUACUGGUGGAGACCUGGAAGGCCUUCAGAAAGGGCUCAUAUGCUCUCCAUCAUCCCAGCCCUGGUAGCGAUCACUCAGGUGAUGCACAACUUCCUGGCCUUCAUCUUCCUGAUGAUUGUAGCAGGCUGCAGCAUGGCUGUACUCUACCUGUUACCGUGGUCCAUGCUGCCAGAUGUAGUGGAUGAUUUCAGGCUGAGGAACCCCAGCUGCCUGAACCUGGAGGCUCUCUUCUACUCACUUUAUGUCUUCUUCAACAAGUUUGCAGGUGGUCUUGCUGUGGGGAUAUCGACACUGAGUUUACAUUUUGCAGGUUACCAGGCUGGAGACUGCAUGCACAACCCCUCUGUCAUCCUUGCCCUACAGCUGCUCAUAGCCCCAGUCCCAAUAAGUCUGCUGCUCGUUGCCAUAAUCAUCUUCUCCAUCCACCCCAUCAACAAGGAGAGGAGGAAACAGAUGAGAAUGGAGAUGGAGGCAAUUGGGCUGUUUUACUUUCUUCAGAGUUCGGAUAAGGGAAUCUGACCUGAGACCUUUUCUGGUUCU